AUGACUUGGUUGUUUAAUUCUAUGGAAUCUCAAAUUUAUGAGAUUUUUGCCUAUUCGGAUACGGCCUUGGCUCUAUGGGAGUCUUUAAAAGAGAUGUAUGGUCAUGGCGACAAUGCAUCUCGCAUUUUUGAACUGCAGCAGGAGCUCACUUGUUCCAAGCAGGGACCUUCUCAAUCUUUCACUGAACAUCUUGGAAAUUUGAAGAAAAAAUGGGAUGAAUUGCAUCAAUACAGACCCACUACUCAGUCUGUAACUGAUUAUGUAAAAAGGGAAGAGCAAGACAAGAUAUUCCAGUUGCUAGCUAGCAUUAAACCUGAAUAUGAGGAUCUCAAACGACAAGUUCUUAUGAGUUCUACAUUACCUACUUUCGCUACUGUUUGCUCAAUCAUACAACGAGAAAAAACUAGACGCCAGAGUCAUGAACACAGAAACGACACCUGA